UUGCACGAGCAGAGGACGGAUCCCAAUCAACGGAAAGCUCAACCCUCUGUAAUAAGAAGUUUCCGAGUCUGAGCUCUCGAGAUCCCAACAUCCAACUGCCAUGGCGGAGAAGAGAACUCAGAUCGCCAUCCUCGGAGCCGGCAUCUUCGUCCGUUCUCAGUACAUCCCCAGGCUCUCCGAGAUCUCCGAUCUCGUCCUCGUCAAGGCCAUCUGGAGCCGCACCGAGGAGUCAGCGAGAGGAGCAGUUGACAUUGCCAGAAAGCACUUUCCGGAAGUGGAGUGCAAGUGGGGGGACGAGGGUCUUGAAGAGAUUAUAAGAGAUGAAUCAAUCCCUGCUGUUGCUGUAGUCUUGGCUGGACAGACUCAGGUUGAUAUGUCACUGAGGCUGCUAAAAGCGGGAAAGCAUGUUCUUCAAGAAAAACCCGCGGCAGCUUCUACUACUGAGAUAGAAAUGGCUCUGGCAAGCUACAAUUCUAUUUUGGCAAACUCGCCUGGUCAACCAAUUUGGGCUUUGGCAGAGAAUUAUCGUUUUGAACCUGCAUUUGUUGAGGGCAAAAGUUUAUUGGCUGAAAUUGGAGACAUGAUGACUGUCCAAGUAAUUGUUGAAGGAUCAAUGAACAGUUCCAACCCAUACUUCUCUAGCUCAUGGAGGCGCAAUUUUAGUGGCGGUUUCAUACUUGACAUGGGAGUGCAUUUUAUUGCUGGGUUGAGGAUGCUCGUUGGAUGUGAGAUCACCUCUGUGUCCGCUACAACCUCUCAUGUGGACUUGAAUUUACCUCCACCAGAUAUCAUAUCCUCUGCCUUUCAACUGGAAAAUGGAUGUCCCGGAGUUUUUGUAAUGGUGGUAUCUUCCCAGUCGCCCAAGAUAUUCUGGCGGGUCGUUGGGUUGAAGGGAACUGUGCAGGUUGAUCGUGGGACCCAAGACGGGAGACAUGGUUAUGUGGUUUCCUUCUAUGGCGCCGAUGGUCAGUGCAAGAGCACCUUCUAUCCUUUCAGCGGAGUGACUGAAGAACUAAAAGCCUUUCUACAUGAUGUAUCGACAGUGACGGUCAAGGUGAAGGAGAGUGGAUAUAAAGCCGAGCCACGCUGCUCAUUUGUUGAAGGAGCUCGGGAUGUUGCUGUGCUGCUCGCAAUGCUCGACUCAGGAAAUAAACGCGGAGAAUUAGUCCCUGUGACCAAAUACUAGCUUCAUCCGGACCCUUUGCAGGUGGUGGGCAAGGGAAUGUACCAUUACUUCACAUUUUUUCAAGUUCUUAAUCAUCCACAUUGCGACAAGUCGCUUCGGUUCUCGAUUUGAACCUGUAAUUUCUCUGAAAUGCACGUAUAUCGCGCAUAAACUUGGAAGCAUGAAAGAACUGUAAUUUUAAGAUUUCAACUUUCAUUCGAGAAAACUCUCGUCACACAAGGCAAUAAAUUUUUCAUUCUGGAUAA